AACACUCACGGACUCCACAUACAAUCCCACACCACCCACCAUGUCCACGCAACCCGCUCCGCCACGCCCUUCCAACGACCACCGCCGCACCUCCGGCGCCCCAAAACGCCAAUCCAUCCUCCCAAAACCCUCUUCCAUCUUUCUCGACACCACCGUCCUCAUCGCCCAACACGCGCAAAUCACCGGCACGCACCCCGUAACAAUCGGUCCUAAUACCGUCUUGCACCCUCAUAGCAAACUCAGCAGCGCGGUCGCACCUGUUGUCCUCGGUGAGGGCUGUGUGGUCUUUGAACGCGCGAAAGUGGGUGUUGGUAUGGGGAAUGAGGGCGAUGCGGAGGGAAAGAGAGGGAGUGUGGUAUCUGCAAGGGGGAGUGCGGGUGUAAGGGAAUCGAUGAGGAGUGAGGGAACGGUGUUGGGUAGGAAUGUGGUUGUUGAUUCUGGGGCUGUUGUUGAGGCGGCGGAGGUGGGUGAGGGAAGUGUGGUUGAGGUUGGUGCUGUGCUGGGGAGGGGCAGUAUCAUCGGUAGGUAUUGCACUAUAUCGGCUUCUUCGGUUAUACCACCUUAUACCCGCUUGCCAGAUUAUACGGUUGUGUUCAGCGGGAGCCAACAAAGGGUUGAUAGGACGCUGCAACUGAGACCGGAGAUUCUGGAACAGAAGAUGGCGGUGCAUGCGAAGCAGCUGGAUAUGUUUAAGAAGCUUAUUCCGAAUAAUAUUGCGAAGUGGUCUUGAGGGGAGGACGUACUCGGGUCUCCGUGCCAUCCUUCGGAUUCCAGACAAGAUGAGCUUCGACACAACGACUACGACCACGUAUUUGCACAACCCCCAGCCUACAGCGACUUCAGGAGGUGGAAUAUCAGUUUGGGCAGUGGAAGCAGGGAAUUUCUACGAGACUCGGUGCUGCCUGCCUUGGGAAAGCUUUGGGAAGCCAU